AUGAAGCCUCACCGGAGUUUCUUCCGUCAGGACACUGCGCAAGCUGCGCAAGACACUCAAGAGCAAGACUGGAUUAUGGGUCUUGAAGAUAGAUGUCCCCGGGCAGAUACCGUCCGCAAGCUUGCGAAUUUAGUUGAUAGAGAGCAUGCAGUGAUCAUUCGAGGAACUCCGGUAUCCGGAAAGUCGACGCUCGCCCAACUUCUUCGUGAUUAUUAUGUCGCAAAAGAUAUCCCCGCUAUCUACAUACCGAGAUGGCCACAAGGCACCCGCCAGCCUGCUAGCUACAUCGCGCAGAUCGCAUUAUGGGGUAAAGCAGCUGGGAUCGAAGUGACUUACCAGACGCUCGAAACUGGCAACAUGGUUAUCAUCUUGGAUGAGGCUCAAAGACCAGAAAUCGAUGGGGGGCCUCGUCUGGCCAUCUUCUCUGGCUAUGGCAGCCCUAAUGCUGGUCCCGAGCCAGCAGUAAUGAGCCCACUUGGAUACUUUGGUCCCCAACAGCGCGUGUCGAUAACCCGCUCCUCACUCAGUUCGUCUCCUCUUAUUGCAUUUUUUUAUGACAGAGAUGAAUUUGAUGAUGUGGUGACUCGCUACUGCAGCCGUGAGGACUGCUUCCUUGCACUUGAUGUGAAGGCAUCCGAUUAUUUAUUUUAUUUGACAAACGGACAGCCCGGCGCUGUUAGAUCAAUUCUGGAAAUGCUUGAGAAGGUCUACCGCAGCCAGCUUCUACGUGGCAUGGAGAUAAUCAACGAAGGAGACAUCCGCAAGACGUUUGACGACGAAAAUAAGGCAUGGCGUUUCCUUGAAGAGACCGUGGUCCAAAGAUCAUUUCCAAGCAUGUUGGAAAUGCCCCCUGAUGCCGCUAGCACCCUCAGAAGGGUGCUAGCGGAGGGCAACAUUCCACGAGACCUUAAUGAUAAAGGUAUCAAGCUCUGCUACGAACAGGGAUGGCUCCAUAGUGAGGCCUUAGAUCGACCGGGGUCGGAUAUUGUUUGCGUCGGCGCAUCGUUGCGGCCAGUCGAGGCAUGCUACCAAGUUGAAUUUUACAGGUGUCUGCAUGAUGUGCUCGGGUCAUCAAUGGCCAUCAUCAGCGAAUGGUCACCCGGCGUAGAGGGCACUGGGCGGAUUGAUUUCCUGUUAGGGAGUGUAGGAUGGGGUUUUGAAUUGUUAAGGGAUGGUGAUAGACUUGGUAAACACUGCCAAAGAUUUCUGCUGAACGGGGAAUAUCAUGACUGGAUCAAGCGAAAUCUGAUCACCGACUGGGUAAUCAUUGAUUGCCGCGGGACACAGCCAAUGCCUUACAAGGUUCCCGGUACAAAAUUGAUACGCGCCGUCUUUGAUGCGGAGUUCUCAAGUAUCAAAAUUCUAGGCCCGAACAACGACAAUUUGACGGAUACCUUUGCGUUGACUAAUUAA